AAGGAAAAACAAAGCACAUUCACGGUCAAAGUUUGUUCGUUUUUGGUUCCUCAGCGCGUCUCAUCCUUUUCGCAUCGGAAUCGUGGUUGGUGUUGUUCAACCAGCGCCAUCUUUCACUGCGCUAGCACAAAAUGUUUCAGCCGUAUCUACAGCAAGCGGUCCAAUCGCUCCAGGGGCUUAGCUCGGAUGAGCUUAGGGAUCUGCUGGCGGACGACGAGAAGCUGGACGAACGGGUUAACGAAGCGGUUGGAACACUAGAAUCGUCAAAGGAUUUGAUUAUUGCCGAGAACCGAAGCCUAGCAGAGAAAAACUUGAAUUUUGAACCAAAGAUGGUCGAGCUGAGAUCGCGGGUGCAGGAGCUGACCGACGAGUGCCGUACGCUGGGUGAAUCAGUGAAGGAAAAGUCGGCACAACUGUCUACGAAAUCUGAAUCGAACAAUGCCGAGACAGUGCUGGCACUGUUACAAACGGCCGCAGCGGAAACCGAAGACGAGUCCGAAAAUAUUGUGAAACGGCUGCUCGAUAGCGAGCUACCAGUGGACGCUUAUUUAGAGCAGUUUAUGAACAGCCGCAAACUGAUGCACAGUCGAAAGCUGAAGGCGGAGAAGAUGACCGAACUGCUUCGUAGCAACAGAAACACCUCUCAACGGUUUGAUGUAGGGUAUGGCCCGACUUCGAUGCCCUACCCGUCGGCAAACAAUGCGGUGCCCGGUGGUUUCUAUGUCCCACCGGGAAUGACAACCUCAAGCACCACUGCUGUGCCCUACCCGGUGGGGCCUCCAUCGAUGCCGAUGCCGACGGUCAUGUUCCGACCCCCACAGUUUUAGAGAAAAGCUCUAUCGCAUGCCUUUACCAUUACUGUUCCUGUGCCGAUGUGUACAGUUGAAUCCCUUGGCUCGACCGGAUGAGGAACGUUUGCAAAAGGUUCGAGGGGUGAGCCAUUGAACAAAUGCUUUAUUGAUUGUUCUAAACGCUCAACGAAGAUUAGGGCCAUAUAAGCUUCUACAGAUAGGUUGCCAACUAUGACACUAUGAAAGAAGAGUUUAAUUUGUUAAGUUAAAACGAUAAUUGUGCAAAUGUCAUCGAUUUGCGACGAGUUUGUGCAGAAAGUAAAUAUAUCAGCGAAGCGUUA